AAGAUCAUUCAUAACCCUAAAUUCUAUAUCUAUCAAAAAAAAUAUCUCACCCCCAAAAAACACACACACACAAACCCUAACCCUAAAAAAACCCCUUAAUUAUUCUUCAGAUCUCGCGAUGAAAGGAACUAAAUCGGACAAAAAAGCCGACACCAAGCUUUCUGUGAAGAAAACUGCAAAGGGAAAGACUGCCAAGGAUCCAAACAAGCCUAAGAGGCCUGCCGGUCCUUUCUUUAUUUUCAUGGAAGGGUUCAGAAAGCAGUUUAAAGAAGAUAAUCCCAACAACAAAUCAGUUGCAGCUGUUGGUAAAGCUGGUGGUGCUGCAUGGAAAGCCAUGUCUGAUGCUGACAAACAACCCUAUGUUGACAAAGCUGAGAAACGGAAAAAGGAUUACGAAAAAACAUUGGCUUCAUACAACAAGAAGCUGGUUUCUGGUGGUGACAAUGAUGAUGACUCUGACAAGUCUAAGUCAGAGGUUAAUGAUGAAGAUGAUGAGGAGGGCAGUGAAGAGGAUGAAGAUGAAGAGUGAAAUCGGAUCUAAUGGCGUCGAUGAUCAUCAAAAACGUAUCUGCUUUGUAGUACCAUAAGGUUAAAAGCCUCUUUAAGUAAUGGAUAUGUUGACUUUGUUAUGUUUAUUAUGCAAUAGUAUUGGAUAGAUGUUUAGUUACUAUUAUUAUUAUGGUGCAUAGAGAACAAGUUAGUUUUGUUGCUUUAGUGUUUGACAUUUGUAUUCUCAGUUAGUCUUUUCUAAGAAAUGCGUUAUGCUUUUAGAAGGUA